GGAAUUAGCAUUCUGAAUUGGUAUUAUUGCUCAGAGAAGCAAGAAGAGGGGCGCACAAGAUGGAAAAGGAGGUGAAGGGUCAGGGGAUGGUCGUCCUUGAGCGGCGGUAGCCCUUUGUAAAGUGGAGGGGUGUAGUAGGGGAUGUUGCAGCACCCUAGUUCUUCAAUACAUCUAUCCCACCUCCUACCUGCCCCAGUAGUCGUCCAUUGAACACAGUCGCGGUUGCACCAACCCAAGAGUGGCCUGUUCCGUCAAUAUUCGAAAGAGAAAUAACAAUCGUGUCACGCAAUUCAAGAUUGAUGAGAAGAUAACUGCGAUAGACUUUUACAUUAAAUCGCGUCAUAGCAAUGUUUGAUUUUUGAAUUUGAUGAAUUUAAUGUCGAAACCGAUGUAAAUAUUUUGUUUCUUUUUUGUUUUUUUUUUUUUGGUAAAUUAUUAUCGUGACCAAAGUGGACCCAACUUCGUUAUUUUACAAAAUAUUUAUUGUAACAGCUUCUUAUACAAUUUUUUCAUUUUCUUAGUAAAAAAAGACCAUUCUUUCUCUUGAUUACAAAAGAUCAUUAAAGAUUGAGAUUAAAAUCGUUUUUAUUAAAAAAUGUUAAAAUCAUAACAUGAACAAUUGAAAUGGUAAAAGCAUCUUGAAUCAUAUAAGAAUCACGAUUGUGAUUAAAGUAAAAUCUUCUCUGAUUUUUCAUCGUUUCACAAAGUCUUCAUAAUAUAUCUUCGUAAUAUAUCGUAUAUAUAUUUUUCAGCUUUUCUAUUCUUAACAAAAUAUUUUGAUAUUUUUUUUCGAUGCUCGUAGAAGAUUAUCAAUUAUUAAAGAUUGAAAGAAUCAAAAUCGAUUAGAUUGAAAAUUCAAGAUUUUUAACAAGAUAAACAGUGAAAUAUUAAUAAUUUUUUGGAUCAUGUGAGUUUGUGGAUCGUGCAUUCGACAUUGAAAGCCAAAAAUAGUGAAGUAAGUGAACCUUCAGGGGUGACAACGGGUCCAUUAAAGUUCACAAUUGAGUCGGCAAGUUCGUCUUCGUCCCAGUCGGACGACUUGGGAUCGGAUUUUGACGUCAUACAAGAAAAAGCAGACUUCUGUAGCGACUCAGAACUUGAAUCUUGUAAUCAAGACUCCAGCUGCUGGACAGAUAGUUUUGUCGUGUUAAUGAGCGAUUCUUUUGAAGUGAUAUCGCUGCCGAUCGACAUGAUGCAGCCGGCCAGUUAUGGGAAAAAAAAUAACACUUGGUACACAAGUCCGGCAGGCGGUGGAGGUAGUAGAAGCGGCGCCACCGGAACCGGAGGUGCAGUUGGAGGAUGGCAAAGUAGACCGCCAGUGGUGCCGAAUCUUAGUCGGAAAGCUUCCAUCACCGAAGAAGCGCCACCCCCUGGCGGUGGAAAGCCUUCCUCGGGUCGUGUCAUUCGUAUCGUCAACAACCAUGACCAUACUGUUCAGUGCCGAGUUCUACUGAAUCUUCGCACAUCGCAACCUUUCGAAGAAGUUCUAGAAGAUCUUGGACAAGUAUUGAAGAUGAAUGGAGCCAAGAGAAUGUUCACUGUUUCAGGACAAGAGGUGAGAAGUUUCUCGCAGCUGAGAAAUGAGUUCGCAGAUAUGGAUACAUUUUAUCUGGGUACUGGAUCGGCUCUCGUUAUGGCCGGUGGUAUCACAGCAUCCCCGGUACGAAGAUCGAGAUCACGUGGACCACCUACUGUUGUAGAAGAGAUUAGCCGUCAGAGAAGGGCUCGCAGCAAGAGCAGACCUCGAGCUUUAUACAUGCCUGAUUCCGAAGUUAUACGAGUAAACGAUUAUAGCGUUGUGGAAGUGUUACGCGAAGAACCAGCCAAAGUGACGAUCAGAGGGCUUAGGCGAUCGUUCUAUCCCCCUUCUCAUUUACCGCCAGUAGACAAUUCGCCACCUGAGAAAAAGUUGCAACUUGAGUGGGUCUAUGGUUAUCGGGGAACCGAUACUCGCAGAAAUCUUUGGGUUUUACCGAGUGGCGAAUUAUUGUAUUACGUCGCAGCUGUGGCUAUUCUUUUUGAUCGAGAGGAGAGCGCGCAACGACAUUAUAUCGGUCACACGGAAGAUAUUACGUGCAUGGAGGUUCAUCCCAGCAGAGAACUCGUUGCGUCAGGUCAAAGAGCGGGUAGGCACAGAAAGGCGCAGUCGCAUGUUCGUAUAUGGUCAACGGAAACCCUUCUUACUCUAUACGUAUUCGGUAUGACCGAAUUUCAGAUGGGCGUCUCAGCAUUAGCGUUUUCACAAUUGAAUGGUGGUAGUUAUGUACUCGCCGUGGAUGCCGGAAGAGAAGCCAUACUUUCGGUAUGGCAGUGGCAAUGGGGUCACUUGUUAGGCAAGGUCGCUACCAUGCAAGAAGAUCUCACGGGGGCGGCAUUUCAUCCAUUGGACGAUAAUCUCUUAAUAACGCAUGGGCGCGGCCAUUUGACUUUCUGGAAUCGGCGGAAAGACGGUUUCUUUGAGCGAACCGAUAUCAUUAAACCGCCAUCUCGUACACAUGUAACAAGUAUUCAGUUCGAACAAGAUGGUGAUGUCGUCACAGCGGACAGUGACGGUUUCAUCACGGUAUAUUCAGUGGAUGCAGAUGGGGCAUAUUUUGUGCGAAUGGAAUUUGAAGCGCAUAACAAGGGCAUUAGCUCCCUCGUCAUGUUAUCGGAAGGCACAUUGCUUUCUGGUGGCGAAAAAGAUAGAAAAAUAGCCGCUUGGGACUCAUUACAGAACUACAAACGCAUUACUGAUACAAAGCUGCCAGAAUCGGUGGGCGGAGUUCGCAGUAUAUAUCCGCAACGUCCUGGACGAAAUGACGGAAAUAUUUAUGUGGGAACUACGCGAAACAACAUUCUAGAGGGUUCUCUGCAGAGGAGGUUCAACCAAGUCGUAUUUGGCCAUGGCAGACAACUGUGGGGUUUGGCGGUUCAUCCUGAUGAUGAGGUCUUUGCCACUGCGGGACAUGACAAAAAUAUUGCUCUUUGGCGAAGACACAAGCUAUUGUGGACCACACAGGUGGGUUUCGAAUGUAUAUGCAUAGCCUUUCACCCAUUUGGCGUAGCGUUAGCGGCAGGAUCAUCCGAAGGUCAUCUUUUGGUACUCGCAGCUGAUACCGGGGCAGCUGUAGCAACCCUUAGAGUAUGCGGAUCGCCUUUAUCUUGCAUUGGAUAUAAUCCCACUGGAGAAAUUGUGGCUAUGGGUUCCCAAAAUGGCAGCGUAUAUCUCUUUAGAGUAUCUAGGGAUGGAUUUUCGUAUAAGAAGAGCAACAAAAUCCGCGGCACACAGCCAUUGGUACAACUCGACUGGAGUUCUGACAGUCGCUUUCUCCAAACUGUCACUCAAGAUUAUGAUCUUGUGUUUUGGGAUGUCAAGGUGCUAUCAUCAGAAAAGAGCCCUUUAGUUAUGAAAGACGUCAAGUGGUACACUUACAAUUGCACUGUGGGUUAUAUGGUUUCUGGACAAUGGAAUAAUCGUUAUUAUCCACUGACCACAGUUGUUACCACCUCCAGCAGAUCAGCAGCACACGAUAUGCUCGUAAGCGGCGAUGCCGAAGGUUAUCUUCGGCUUUUCAAAUAUCCAUGCACCAAUACCAAGGCCGAAUAUAUCGAAGAGAAAGUGUAUAGUUCAUUGGUGGCCUGUGCCAGAUUUCUCUACAAUGACCAAAAUAUUGUCACCGUCGGCGGCACUGAUGCUGCUCUGAUGCUUUGGGAAUUGGUCGAUGAAUAAAAAAUAGAAUUAAUAAUGAUAUACCCAUUAUUCGUAUAUUUGUAGCUAUAAGUACGAGGUGCUGGCGCCUCUUGGUAAUCUUUAAGCGAUAAGAGGGACUCAUAUGUUGGUGAGAUUAAACACAUACAUAUAUUAGAAAUUCCCAUCAAAUGAUAAAAAGUAUAAAUAUGCGAAAGAGAAAAUAAAAUACACAAAUAAAACAUAUAAAAAGUAGUUAAAAGGAAAAAACAUAAUAUUACAAUGCAAAAAAUUUUUAUAAACUUUAAGAAGCAUGCAAUUAGAGACCCUCAAAUUAGAAUCUGGAUUUCUUUGCACUACUUAUCUUCUUGUAGGGUUGAGAACUUUUUGGCCAAAAAUGAUAGAAUCAAUCAGAAAUAUUAAAAAUUUUAUCAUUGUAAUUAAUCUAUAAAUGCUAUAUAUAAAAUGCGUUCUGACUAUUUCACUGCCAUUUUUGGCCAAAACCAGAAAACAGUGUCUAAAUUUUAAAUUAAGGGUCUCUCUAUUAUAAAUAUACGAAUUCAUCUGGACAGACCUUUACAUUAUAAUUAAUAUUAUAAACAUAGCAAGAAUAAACCAUUGAGUUAUAGGCAUAUGUAUAUAGUUCAAUGGUAUAAACCAAGUAGUUUUCAUGUUCACAAUGUUUUGGUGGCGAAGAUAAAGUAAUCAGAUAAAAAGUAGGAUCUCUAUUUUUCAUUCGUUUUUUGUUAGAAAGGAACAAAGAUUCUAUUUUUUGCUUCGUUUUUUUCAAUGUGUUUCAUAGACCUCGAGCUUUGCGCUAUCUUUAUUAUGUCCAUAAUUAAUAUCGUGCCGUUGUUCGUUACGUGUUGUUUACACGAGUAUGUAAUCAUAUAAAUGUUUUUGUAAAGAGCUUCGUUGCAGGUCAACGCGUCUCUCUUACUAGCUAGCCAUCUUUAUUUACGUAUAUUUUAGAUUUUAGAUAAUAGAGAAAUAAAAGGAAACAUGCUUUUCGUAUUUAUUGCAGUAGUUAGUAAAAAGCAGAUAGAAUUGUCACUGCCAAGGCAUUAAUAUAAAAAAGAUUUAACGGUUAGGCUUUGUUUUUACGUUUGACGCUUUGACGGUUGGGUUUCAAAAAAUUCGUAUCACGUCAAAAGUCGAGACUAAAAAGUCUAUCGAGACAAAUUUGCAUAGUCACAUAAUAUGUAUACAUAGAGUAAUUUAUUAAUAUCAGAUGUUAGAUAUAAAGGAUACUUAAUAUAAAGUAGUGUUAUAAUUUUCAUAUUAAUUGAUUAAUUUUUCUGUGUACUUAUAAUGCGGUUAUGCAAAACUGUUCGGAUAGAAAUUUUUGCUUCUUUUGUCCUGAUUGGUCAAACAAACGCUAUUCUGUUCCAAUGAAUAGACUUUCAAAAGUAGGACUUCUGUAUUCGUUAUUUUUAAAUUCCUUAUAUAUAUUAAUUACCAUCGUAAACAUAAUGAAAAUAAAUUGGGCAGAUUCUCCAUAAUGCUUUAGCGGUAAAGCCUACAUAAAAAGGAAGAGAAAAUAUAAACAGAAUCUCUGUUUUUCUGUUAUUUGCUUUCCGUUAGAGAGAAACAAAGAUUCUGUCUAUUGUCCUUCUUCUCUUUUUACGUGUUCUUGAGGAUAGCGAUCAUAUAACUUUUCUCUAAGAAUAAAAACGUGAAAAAUUUUACUAUAAAAAUUAAUGGGAAAUUUUUUCACUUUAGUGAAUAUUUCCGAUUUAAAAAAAAAAUUAUAUGAUCGCUGCCAAGUAGUGUAAUAAGAUUAACAAGGCACUCAACCUUUCUAUAAAUUUUAUGUUUAUGUAUGUACAUAUGCGCGUUACAUGCGCGCGCGCGCGCGCGCGCAUACACACACACACACACACACACACACAUUUACGCGCGUAUAGUAUGUAUGCAUGUGUGUGUGUGUACGCGCGCGUUUUUGCGUGAAUGCGUGUAAUUGUAGAUAAAAAUUUAUGCGAAUUUUAAUAUUGUAUAUCGAGAUGAAUAAUAAUAAUAAUAAUCAAA